UCAUUUAUUUUCCGAGUUCCCCGUUGUUUUGAACACACUGAUGUCGGAGCUUUCCGACUACCUAGUUGCGAGUUUCCAGUUGUUGUGAACGCGGCAAAACUCACACUCUGGUCACGUGAGCCGCGCGGUGACGUACUCAUGAGCUAAAAAAAAAAACAAUGUGCUAAUGCUCUUCCAGUUCAAAGUUCGCUUGUUUUGUCCUUUCGUAGAAUCUGUUUCCUGUUUAUUAUUUUCAUGGAAAGUCGUCUAUCACACCACGUAUGUAGUAAUUAUCAUAGUACAUGUCUACGAAUGGUUCAUGUCAGCAAAGCUGAGCAUACUGGUUACCCAGAGCAAACUGGCUACAUAGGGCUCUAAAAAAAAGCGAUCAGUGAACUAACUCUGUAUAUUGUGCUACAUUGAACCUAAACCCAUAGUCAUCAUGGAUACUCUCUACACUUAUAGAUUACUACCACCCACACAUACCAACACGAAGGACCCUGAAUACAGUUAUAGACUAGUGAAGCUCGAACUUGUAGACUGCUGGCAAACUCCAGACCUGAACAUCAUCAUCAAACAAGAAGAGGAGGAGGAAGAGGAUAGCUUUCUACAAGUUAAAGAAGAAGAAGAGGAGGAAGAGGAUAUAUCUCUGCAAGUUGAAGAAGAAGAAGAGGAAGAGGACAUCUCUCUACAUAUUAAAGAAGAAGAGGAGGAAGAGGAUAUCUCUCUACAAGUUAAAGAAGAAGAGGAAGAUCACACUUUCAUGGUCAAAGUAGAGGAGGAAGAGAAGGAAGAGAAGGACAAAGCUCUUGUAGUUAAAGAAGAGGAGGGUGGUUUUGAGGUCAAAAAAGAAGAAGAAGCUAUAGAGGUUUUUAUUUUUUCUGACGGAAACUGCAACCAAUGGCCUGUCAGUGGGAAGAAUCCCUCCGUAUCAGAAGAACCUCAACAACAACGACAGCAAAAACAGACGCGACCAAAGAAACGGCCAAAACAGACCCAGGAACCCCACCACUCCCCUCUGUACUGCCCCGACUGUGGGAUGAGUUUUGUCAGCCCUGGGAUACUGAACGCGCACCGCAGAAUCCACCAGCCCAGAAUAAUCCACGCCACCACCACCGGUGAGCCGUCUCACUACUGCCAUGACUGCGGCAAGACCUUCGACACCGCCCGCUACCUCAAAAAGCACCGCUUGGUUCACACAGCAGAGAGGACGCACCACUGUUCCCAGUGCGACCGGAGCUUCCUGAGACUCCAGCACCUCAAAGAGCACCAGAGAACCCACAGCGGAGAGAAGCCUCACUACUGCUCCGCGUGUGGGAAGGGCUUCACCAAGGUCCGACUGCUCCGGACACACCAGCGGCUGCAUGCCGUGGAGGGGGCCGACGUCGUCGGGGGUGGGGCGGAGACUGGGAUGAAGGAAGGUAGUGGGGUGGCGAUGUCAGCGAUGGGGCGGAAGAGAGCGCUGAGAGUUCUGGCCGGAGUGGACUACUACUACUGCUCUGAGUGUGGGAAGAGCUUCUCCAGUGCGGCCUAUCUUAAGGUGCAUCAGAAGGCUCACACAGGAGACAAACCAUACCAGUGUGCUCACUGUAAGAAAUCAUUCAGCACGUCGUGGGGUUUAAAGGUUCACCGGCAGAAUCGCUCUGGAGAGAAGCCCUACCAGUGCGCCGACUGUGGGAAGAGGUUCUCGGACCUGCGCAGCCACAAAGCCCACCGGAGCACCCACACUGGAGAGAAACCAUACACAUGCCCUGUCUGUGGAAAAGGCUUUGCCUGGCUAAAGAGCCUACAGAAACACCAGGCCACACACAGUAGCAGUGGUGGUGGAGUCAUAGAAGUACAUAUAGAAUAAUGUAGGAUAUCCUGGAGGGUUUCACUCCAACCCCAAUCCAGCAGGGUAGUUACAACUACGGGACAGGAGGGUAGCUCUCCAGGAACAGGGUUUGGUUAUAGGAGGGUAGCUCUCCAGGAACAGGGUUGGGUUAUAGGAGGGUAGCUCUCCAGGAACAGGGUUGGGUUAUAGGAAGGUAGCUCCCCAGG